AUGUUGUCUGUGAACUCAACAGAAUUCGUUGGAGAAGCGACAAGAGACCCGGUGUUCGGGUUAAUCUCCACGAUAUUCUGCGUACUUUUCUAUGGAUCCGCUUUCACGCCGAUGAAGAUUUAUGAUGGAGGAGAUGGUGUCUUUGUGCAAUGGAUGAUGUCGUGCGGGCAAAUGUUGCCGGCUUUCAUUUUGGCGUGGAAGAACGCUUUCCCGCCGAUUUACCCGAUCGCUAUGUUAGGCGGUGUUGCUUAUUCAAUAGCUAACUGCUUCACCGUUCCGAUCAUGACCAAACUGGGGAUGACGCUGGCGCCGUUGCUAUGGAAUGCGACCACUUGCCUGGUUGGAUGGGCUGUUGGAAGAUUCGGUCUGUUCGGUGUGCCCCAAAUGGAGUCAUUGAUCCCGUGGUUGAACACGACGGGCCUUGUCGCUGUCAUUGUUGGCGGUGCCAUCUGCACGACGGUGAAAAGCCGAUCGAGUCCACUUCUGCGCUCAAAUUUCACCUCACAUUCAAAGGUUUUUGAACAAGAUCAAGUCGAGAAUCGAACAAAAUCUUUGCUAAGGUCACCCAGUGAAGAUGAAGCGGAAAGUGGGUGCUCGUCAACGAGAAUCGCUGCCACAAUCACCGCUCUUCUCCUCGGUCUCAUUUACGGCAAUCUUUUGACUCCGAUCUCGGCUCUCGUUGCGCACAGUCAAGAGUGGAAUGUUCCGAAUACGGUCGAACCUUACCUAUUCUCGCAUUUUCUCGGCGCUUUCCUCACGAGCACUCUCCUCUUUAUCUUCUAUGGGAUGGCCAGAAAAAAUGAGCCCCAAAUCAACCCAUCAAUUUGUUUACCGGCAAUGCUGUCGGGUGGUCUUUUUGGGACGGGAGAGGUUCUCUUCUUUGUCGCCAAUCAUCACUUAUCACAGGUGAUCGCUUUCCCGAUCAUCACGUCGAUGCCCGGUUUGAUCAACUCGCUUUGGGGGAUUUUUUUGUUCAAAGAAAUUCAGGGUCGUUCAAACAUUUGCCGUUUGGGGAUCGCCUAUUUGAUCACUUGUUCGGGCGUUUUGAUGAUCACCCUCUCUCGUUUUGAUUUU